UGUUUUUUUGUUUGUUUUAUUGCUGCUUGAGAUUUUUAUUUUAUUACAAUUUUGCCACAAUGUCGGAGCUUCGGGGCACAAAAGCGCUGGAAUUCUGGUGUCAGCGCACGACUAAAGGAUAUAACAAUGUUAAAAUUGAAAAUAUGACAACAUCGUGGCGUGAUGGACUUGGCUUUUGUGCGCUUAUACACUUUUAUCGGCCAGAUUUAAUUGACUUUGACCAACUCAAAAAAACAGAUAUUUAUUACAAUAACGAUUUAGCUUUCACAACAGCUGCAAAAUAUCUUGGCAUACCUCCCCUACUUGAUGCUGAGGACAUGGUUGCCAAUGCUGUACCUGACAGAUUAUCCGUACUUACAUAUUUAUCGCAGUUUUAUCACGUAUUAACUCGAAAAGCUGCUCGUGAACAAAAUGGCGAAAACAGUAGUCCAUUAAAGUACACACGUCCAAAAAUCGAAAAGGUAGAAGAAAGUUCAAUAUUCGUUGAACUUUCUCCGCAGCCGCAGAUCGGACAGAAAGUUGCCGGAGUUCGACGCGACUCCUGCCAGAAAUGUCAGUUCCCUGUAUUUUUAGCAGAGCGUGUCUUUAUUGAGAAGCAUGUGUAUCACCGAACUUGCCUUAAAUGUAAGCAGUGUUCCGUGCAACUGUCACCAAACAUCCUCUUUGAUGACAUCCAAAACAUGUAUUGUUCUGAUAAAUGUUUGAAUGCCAAUAAUCAGCAUUUAAAUCGUACUGAACACGAACACGAAACUAUAUCCAAUGAUACGGAUAAUCUUCAAGAACUCCAGCGUAUCGAGAUUGUUUCCAAAGUCCGUACGCAAAUUAAUGAAGAAGAUGAAUCAAGCUUGGAGAAAGAAAGAACAAAUGAAAGCAGUUUUAUACCACACGAUAUUAAGUUGUCGAGCUGUGAUUCCAUCGACAACAUUGAUGCCUUAUCAAACAAAUCUACAGAUUCGUCCAUAAAAGAAGGCCUCGAAACAGUGCCAAAUCCGACCACACCAUCUAUAGAAGAAACAAAUCUACAAAUACCAGAAGAGCCUACAUUAGAAGGGGAAGACAAAAAUAAUGAAAAUAAUGAUAAGAAAAAGACCGAGAGUUUAGACCUAGAGGAUACUGAUGUACCUAGUUUACAACCCGAACAUUCCGUCACAACUUCUAAGGAGAGAUUAGACUGUGUUGAGGACAAAGUCGAAGUUAAAUCAGUUAAGGAAAGCAGCGGCAAUAAUCUUAAUCCAUUUACUGACAGUGAUGAUGAUGAGCACACUUCAGAUGACCAGCAAGAGAUCAGUGUGGAGACGAUGCAAACGCAUGUAAAAAUUAAAUCCAAAUCAGAUAUAAGCUAUAAUCCAUUUGAUAGUUCUGAUGAUGAAAUUGAGUUAGCUAAACCUCUUUACCAAUCCCAUGAAGAAAAACUAACUUUAGACAGAGCUCCAAACCCAUCAACACUGCAAACCCUAAAAGCUCAGUUCGACGAACAUAACGCCGAGGUCAAAAUGUCCUCACCUAGAUCAAAUUCGCCAGCUUCUAAUGAUUCUCGCAAUAAAUCGCACAAAAAGCAUUUGAAAUACAAUAAACGCCCUGCUCCAGCGCCUCCAAAACCAGAACGUCUUAACGCAAGUACUUCAAAAACAAUUAAUGAGAAGGACAAGGCCUUGUUGAUUGGUCAAGAUUCUGAACAAGUGCCGGAACUUCGCAGUUCCGCAAAACGACGGCUGAUACCACUGGACCAGAGUCUUCUAGCUCAAGAUAACUUGGAAUUGAAUAGCCAUUCAGAACAUCAAAAUCAGCAAAGCACUUACAAGGAUUCGGAUGAUUAUUAUCGCCGCAUGCUAAUGCCACCCGCGCUUGACUCGCCUAAAUUUGAUUUAGAUCCCAUUGCCCACUUCGCUCAUACACCUGAAAAGCUUCAAAAUAAUGCGAUGGAUAAUCAUAAUGAUUCAAUAAUCAGCGGUGUGGACAUGAAUGUUAGCGGUCAAUCCUAUCCUGAUAACAAAUCAUCACAUGGUAAAUGGAAGCACCGGAAGGGACCCGCUCCUGCCAUACCUAUAACACCACGGAAAGCAUUACAGAUGAUUCCACUACAAGAAAUACGCCAUGAGUUGGAAAUUAUUGAAGUGCAACAGCAGGGCCUUGAGAAACAAGGCGUCGUUCUCGAAAGAAUGAUACGAGAACGCUGCGAAGGAUCCGGGAAAGAUGUGCAAACAACUGGUGACCUAUCAUCUACAUUGACCGCUGUCACCUCCGAAGCUUCCACGAAAAACUGUAAAGAGGUGGAGGAUCUAAUUUUGCAACUCUUUGAACUAGUUAACGAGAAAAAUGAGUUGUUCCGGCGACAAGCUGAGUUAACGCAUAUACGAAGACAACAGCGCUUAGAGCAGGAGCAUGCUGAUAUUGAAUCUGAAAUCCGAAUUCUGAUUAGUCAGCCCGAGCGUAAUAAAACCGAUUCGGAUAAAUUACGUGAAGAGACUUUAAUAGCACGGCUAGUUGAGAUUGUUGAAUUACGCAACAAAGUCAUCGAUUGUUUAGAAAUUGAUCGCCUUCGCGAAGCAGAAGAAGACUUGAGCAUCAAACAAAGUCUGGAAUUGUACAACGCUGGGCGAGAUUCAUCCGCUCCCAAAGCUUCGGGUGAGAAGGCGUCAAAAAAGGAGAAGCGAGGCGUAAAGGAUGUCCACAAGUUAAUCAAGUAUAAAAGUUUAUUACGUAGAUCGGGCAAAUCAGAAUAAUUAAAUAACCAUCAAAUUCUGUUAGCUGAUUUAAGUUAUAUGUCUCAUAAUUUUGUAUAUUGUUUGUCCAUUACUUUAAUAAAACUAGGCAGCUUGCCAUUUAUCCGUUAUAAU